GCGAAAGCGUCCGCCUGGCUAUCCUAUCUCAAACCGCGUAAUUGGGCUUGGAACGUUCCCACAAUCUCACUCCAAGGUCAGCUGUUGUGUGAGUGCUCAUGAUGUGGUAGGAGGAGGACACAACGUAGCUCGUAGGUAUGACUUCUGGUAGCAUUCUUUGUCAUUCGUGAGCAGUGUCAUCAUGGGAUGCAACCAGUCGACUGCCGCCACCAAUGCGACGGCGCCAGCAGAAUGCAGUCACCACCAUGUUGUGUCAAAGUAUUCUGUGGAGGCAUCCAACCGAUCGUUGCUGCGCAUAGCCGAUCACAUGGAUGAACUCAAAGAUGCUGUGCCCGACGAAGUUGUCGACAAGUGGGGAUGGCUAGUCGAGCAACUUGUCGCGAAAGGCGAAACAAACGACAGCGAUGGCGUAGCUACAAUGGCCGAUCAAGGUAGCCCUCCUUCAUCUGAAGCCCCCGACGACGAUACGGAAAUCGUUCGAAGCGUGGGCCAACCUGCCCAUGUCGAUGCAACACCAGCAACGACCAUCAUUCCCAAGUUGGCCGAAUCUGGUGACGUGGCACCACCGAGUCACGUCCAAGGCGAAACCGACGACAGCAACGUUGAAGCGACUCAAGACGUGGUCGAUGGCCUUGUACACGAGGUCAUUCAAGGCGCCUUGCUAGAGUCAGCCACAAGCCAGUCCAAUCAAACAACGCCGACGUUGGAUACGGCGGAGCACCCCAUCGUGGAACAACACGUCGAAAGUGUCGAGUCCACCGCUUCAGAAUCACAAGAAAUCGUUGCAAACCACCCUAUCGUGGAGCAACAUGUCCAAAGUGUCGAGUUCACCGCGUCAGAAUCACCAGAAAUCGUUGAAAGUCCUGCUUCAUAUCAUGCCAUCCCGUCCGUCCCCUAUGACCAGCAAGGUCACACGACGACCUUACCCUUGUCACCACACGACCAGCCACCACAACAUGAGCACGUUGACUCUAUCGUAGUGGAUGACGUGGCACUCGGUGAAGCGUCCUUGACAUCCACAACAUACGAGAGCCCGUCACCUCGUGUGGAAACCAACUGUUUGAGUGUCGAGAGCCAUGCCACUACCGGUAGUCACAACGACACCACGUCCCAGCUAGUACAGGUGCAGCCGCCGGAGUCUGAACCAACGUUAUGUCAGCCACCGACGUCGAAGAGUUGGGCUGGUGUCACUGGAGCCCCUCCAACGUUUGAAAUUCGUGGCACGAUCGUGGAAGGGGGCGUGGUCAAGUAUAUCAUUUGUCAAGUCCCCAACGGUAGCGCCAAACCGGUUCAUCGUCGAUUCAACGAGUUCAAAUUGCUGCAUGCGACACUGACUCCUAUUAUGGCCAUUCAACGAGGCGACCAGCUACCUGUGAAAAUCCCUCCAAUCCCUCAAGGAGGGUUUUACACGCGGCUCUACCGGCAAAAUCAAACGCUGAUCAACGAAAGGUCGCUUGCGUUUGAAGCCUUGCUCAAUGCCAUUGCUGCCCAUCCACUCGCAUCCGAAAGGGUCGAAUUUCUACAGUUCAUAGCCUAGUACAUACUACAAUAUCCUUCCGGUGUUGUUUGUUUUAAAUACACUGGUGUAUAUCGCAUA